AUGGUUAUUAACAAAUCAUUUUCAUCUGGUCGGCGAACACCGAAAAACCGUAAAAACAGGUCUGCUGUUUGGGAUGACUUCACGUUAGAUCCCGAAUCGGAAAAAAUAGUGAUAUGCGACCAUUGCGGCAAAAAGCUCAAGUAUAAUGGGACGAGUUCGAUGGCAGCACAUCUUAAGGUUUGCAAGCAUAAUCCGAAUAAUGAAUCUAACAAGAGGCAGAGAAAUAAUCCAUCGUCAAUGAAUGUUGAAGGGCAGGUGAUUUCUUCCCCUUUAAUGCCUAGGUUUGAUCAAGAGAAAUUGCGGUAUUUACUUGUGAAGAUGUUUGUAGGCAUGGAACUUCCUUUGAAUACAGUGGAGCAUCCUGAUUUUCAAGAAUUUGUAAAUGGCUUGAAUCCAAAAUUUAAUCUUAUAUCACGUACUACAGUUGCACGUGAUACUUUGUUGUUAUGGGAUGUAGAAAAGGCGAAAAUGAAAAAUUUUCUCGCCCAACACUGCCACAGAGUUUCCCUCACUGCUGAUACAUGGACAUAUGUCCAAAAUCUCUGUUAUAUGUGUAUCACUGCUCACUUUAUUGACAAUAACUGGACCUUGCAGAGUAGAGUUUUAAGUUUUUGCCAAGUCACAAGCCACUCCUUACUUUUGAAGGGGGAAUACUUACAUUUGCGUUGUUGUGCACAUGUCUUAAACCUCAUUGUGAAGGAGGGGUUGAAAGAUGUUGACGAAUCUGUUUUGAGAAUUCGAGGUUCAGUAAAAUAUGCUAGGGCUUCUGCUCACAGGUUUGCAAAAUUCAAAACAGCUGUAGAACUUUCGAACACAGAGUACAAAGGUCUUGUGUGCCUUGAUGUAGAAACAAGGUGGAAUUCGACUUAUUUAAUGUUAGACUCAGCUUUGAAGCAUCAAAAGGCUUUUGAAAUGCUUGAAAUUCAAGAUCCCAAGUUCACUGAGGAGCUAGUUGAAAAGGGGAAGGGUGUGCCCACAUAUAUGGAUUGGGAGGAAGCACAAGCGAUUCUGCCAUAA